GCCGCUUCUAUCCAUGACUCUGCGUGCCGGGAUGCUGCCGACUCCUUCUAUAUAAGCGUUUGGCGUGCCCGUAUGCUCUCUUCGUCCAGCACAGCUGACUCUAGUACGCCUUCACACCCUCCAUACCAUGAUCGUCACCAAUCCCACCGACUUUGUCUCCACCUCGUUCGAUUACCUUAUCGUCGGUGGAGGGACCGCAGGAAUCGUGCUCGCUGCACGCCUCUCCGAGGACCCCGACAUCGUCGUCGGCGUCAUCGAGGCCGGAGACUACUUGCCCGACAUGCCAGAGAUAAACGUCCCCGGCAUGGUGGGUAAGAGCCUCGGCAACCCCCAGAUCGAUUGGUCUUUCGUGACCGUACCCCAGUCCGCCGCAAAUGAUCGCCAGAUUUUCGAGCCAAGAGGCAAAGUCGUCGGAGGGUCCUCGGCCCUCAACUUUAUGGCCUCGGGAAGAGCAUCCGCUGAGGAGUAUAAUGCUCUCGAGACCCUCGGAAGCUUAGGAUGGAGCUGGGAUGAGCUGCUCAAGUACUUCAAAAAGUCCGAAAAGUUCACGAAGCCUUCGGCGGCCGUUGCAAAGACCUACCACGCGGGCUACGACUACGAUUUUCACGGUAAAGACGGCCCCUUGCAGAAGUCCUAUCCGCAGUGGUUCAAUGAUUACCACGUCGCCUUUUUGGACACGCUGGACAAGCUGGGGGUGCCAAUCAAUACGGACAACGGACGCGGGUACAACGCUGGAACGUUCACUGGCGCCUUCUCCAUCGACCCCGCCACCGCGGCCCGCAGCCACGCCGGCACGGCCUAUUAUGCCCCCAACGCGGACAGGAAGAACCUUGUGCUCCUCACGGGAGCUCAAGCUACCCGUGUAGUUCUCCAGCAGGGCACUGCCGGAGAAGUCUUGGCCACCGGCAUCGAGUUCACGAAGGGCGGUGAGACGUUCACGGCUAGGUCCAAGUUGGAAGUGAUUUUGUCUGCGGGAUCCUUCCAGACCCCGCAGUUGCUCGAGCUGUCUGGGAUCGGAUUGAGCAGUGUCUUGGAAAAGCACGGCAUCAAACAGAUCCUCAACCUCCCCGUUGGAGAGAACCUGCGUGCGCAAACCUUUAUCUAUCCCCAGGAUCAUCCUUGGGUCCCAGCUGUGUUCGAAGUCUCCAAGGAGGUUGAGACCAUGGACAUUUUACAAGACCCAGAGAGCCUUGCCCAGCAACUCAAGCUUUACCAGGAGCAGCAAGGCGGCAUGCUUUCGUCCAUGUUCUCUGCGUACUCCUUCGUGCCGCUCCGCACCUUAAACAGUCCGACCGAUUACGCCGAGUGGAUGGGCCGUCUCGAAAAGGACACCAGCCUGACGGACACCCCCGCGCACCGCAAGCAGUUGUCCCUCCUGAAGCACUGGUUCUCCGACACGAAACAAGCCCAAGUCGAAUUCAUCCAGCUCCCAGGCUUCUUCUCCGUCGGCCCGCUCAAGCCCAAGGACGGCUGCCGCUUCCACACGCUCAUGAUCACGCUCCUGCACCCGCUCUCACGCGGCUCGGUGCACAUCGCCUCAGCCGACCCCACCGCGCGCCCGGACAUUGACCCGGCGUACUUCAAAAACCCGCUCGACCUGGACGUGAUGGUCCGCAGCGUCCGCUUCGCGCAGAAGAUCGUAGCCACCGCGCCGUACGCGGCCGUGCGCGCGGUGCCGUACGACCCGCCCGCGGAGGCGGAGAGCGACGCGGCCGUGCGCGAGUGGUGCAGGACGCGCGUUGAGCCGCUGUACCACCCCAUCGGGACGGCGUCGAUGCUGCCCAAGGCGGACGGCGGCGUCGUCGAUGCGUCUCUGAAGGUGUACGGAACGAAGAACCUGCGCGUCGUCGACGCGUCUAUCAUUCCGCUCCAACUGUCGGCCCACAUUCAGUCUACCGUAUACGCCAUUGCCGAGAAGGCCGCAGACAUCAUCAAGGCCAGCCGUGCCUGAUUGGGCGUCUCGGUGAUGAAGUGAAGCCGCCUGGAACGUGUUUGUCAACAAGUGAGGUGAUUCUGUUGUACGAUUACCUGAUGCGUUUGAACCGAUGUAGGCAAGUCGCUAAGGAAUGUUGCUGUGCUCGCUGUUCGUGUCAUUGUAACCUCGUUGUCAUGUGCAAUCAAUCGAGUCAGACUCAUCCUUCC